AUGGAUGCCCGAAGCAUGCCUCGGAUCUAUAUAAAUCAUCUCGAGCUCGUCAAAAAUGAAGCUAUCAACAGCAUUAGCAUCGCAUUUUUCCGUGCCUAUAUAUAUUAUCUUCUCCAGAAUCUUAUUCGAGUUUUAACACGGCUGGCCUCAUUCAGACAACCCAGCGAAGGUGGAAUCGAAAAUAUGUGCCACAAAAAGCCACUGAUCCCUGCUAUGGGAAACCUUAGCAUGUUCCCAGCAGAGAUUAUCUUCAAUAUUCUAGAUGAACUUUUGGCGAGCUCUCCCAGAUUGACACACGAAAACUUCCAUGCCAUUAACCAGCUGACGAAAACAAAUAGGACACUAGAACAAUACAUCAAACUCGGAUGGAUGGGUAGCAAUGCGUCGAACAGUUUCAAGCAAGGCGUGAAUACUGUCCAGUGGUACUCAAACAGCGAUAAUGCAAAUAAGGCUUUAACCCUCCAGGGCGUAGACCCUCAACGCAUCAUGCCCAUCGAAGGUCCCCGCGGCCUUGGUCCCGAUCUCAUCACCGGUAUCAUUUUGGCUGACUGCACAGAUUGUUUUGAGUGGUUCUCCGAGGUUCUGCCUGCUACCCAUAUGAGCUGUUGCAACGAGGGCGGCUGGUCAUUUCUUUCUCUGGCACUGUACGCUAGAGCCGAGAAGCUACUUGAUCUUUUCUUCCUCUCGGGCUUUCCUUUCGAACCGAGGGAUUUUAUUAUCGGCAGUGCUAAUGCUAUGGGGAAAGGUCCGUCAAUCCUUGGGCUUGCUGCCUCAUCUAGAGAUCAUCAGUCUUUCUCUAGGCUCUUUAGGAAACUGAAGGAAGUCUUGAACGGGCACGGCUUCCAGAGGACUCUUAGAGAUAGACUCACGGGUAAGGAGCGAGCGGCUAUUCGAAGUGUUGCUCCUCAGUAUUUACAGAAGAUGUUGUAUGAAGCUGGCCUGGUCACUAUGCACCCGGCUCUUCGUUAUAGUCCAUACUACUCCGGUAAGCGCACCCUGAUGUACUAA